AUCGGCGCGUCAAACUGACAAAAACAAGAUAAAUCUAUCCCAUGACGUCAUGUUUCUUCUCUAAGAGAGCAAUAUGGUGGAAGUGAAUUUCCUAGAUAAGUGAUUGACAAGAAAUGAGAAUACGGGAAGACAUGAGGUAUUGGUGCCUUGUGCUGUUUAUCUCAUACCUCGCUACUGUGGACGCUGAAGUUCAAUGGCCAGGUGGUACAUACGGUUUACCUAUGCCUACCACGGGCUGUCCGUCAGAUGGAGUCACUGAAUGGAAGACAGGUUGGACUUAUCAUGACACAGAGGACGACAAUAACGAGAACCAGCGGUCGAACAUCUUCCACAUGCCUGGGAACUUUUCCGCGCAUGGUAUUCAGCAGAAGUUCUGCUUAAAAGAUAGUAACAAUGGAAACAGUGGCAGCGAAAUUUGGCCCGAAGGAAAAUACUGCCUUUACAAGAAAGGAGUAUGUCCUAACGGACUAAAAGAAGGCUUCAUCCGCUGGGACGAUGAACAAUCAGAAAUAGACCUUAACGACAAACACUUCGGAGACCUGCCCGAUGGAGUCUACGAGAAAUCUCACACAACAAUAAAAUACUGCUGUAGUACAAAGGGAAACGUGAACAAUCCAAUUCAACUUCCCGCUCUGAGACCCUUCUACCUUCUCACAUACGACUCUGCUCAGUGUCAGAAAGUGGCGGGAACCAAAGUUACAAGCGAGUUCAUCAAGUUUGAUGAUGAUGAUCAAGGGAAUACUGAUGCAGCAGAUGGGGCACACCCUUAUGGACCCAGUGAAGACCCCUUCAAUUUAAAGAUUUACUACUGUUAUUACGAGCCAGGGCAAGAGAGUGAAGAUGAUUUAGGAACUGGAAAGGAUGUUAAGAGCAAGAUUCCAACAGGCAAGACUUCCAGUUCUGGUUUAGCCGUUGCCAUUGGGUGUGGUGUCGCAGGAGCCAUUGUAGGAACCGCCUCUAUCGCUUUUGCCACAAAGAGAAUCCUGGCGCACAGAGCACGCGCAGCAUAUGACCUCAUUGAUGAUCCACAGCCUGACGGGUCAUGAGAACAUGUAAAGUCACCGCUCAACUAGGAAAUCACAGUGUUCAUUCGUCCUAAAAUAUAUUCCACCAAAUAGGAGUGAGGAGUUUGUUUGUGGAAAUCAAAUUAAAUAAGUGCCAUCUAACUUUCGUUUUCGUCAAAUCAAAUCUCACCACGAGCUCGAAAUUAAAAAAAGGUUUCUUUUUUUGGCGUUUGUUUUGUUAAAUACAAUUCGUA